UUGGCCAGUCUUCUCGAGACAGUCGGCCUGUGAGUAUGUUAUCGGAUGCAGUCGCGUUUCUCUCUUCGUCAAUGUCGGUUGUGAACGUGAAGUGUUGUGGUGUCAAGAGUGUACGAAAUUUACCUAUCUCUAAUGUGGAUACUGGGGUUUAGGGAACUCUGUGAUGCAGUGGCGCUAUGGUGGUCGAAAAACCACGACACCAGACGGACCUCUACGUGAGAACUAGCUGGAUUGAUGCUGCAUUAGCUCUUGCACAAAUCGACAAGGAAAAGGCAGAGGGUCGCCGUACAGCCCUAUGGUUUCGUUCUAAACUGCAGGCGCAGCUCUUUCAGCUGGGCUGUUUCAUUCAUAGUCACGCGGGAAAAGUGUUAUUUGUCGCGAUUCUAGUGCUUUCUUCGUUCUGUGUUGGAUUGAAGUCGGCUGUCGUUCAUUCGCGUGUCGAACAACUGUGGGUGGAAGAGGGAGGUCGACUGGAAAGUGAGCUGAAAUACACGGCCACAGCGCUGGGCGAAUCAGGUGGCAGCAACACGCAUCAGCUGCUGAUUCAGACGCCCGUCGAUCCGGCAGCCAACCUUCUCCACCCCAACGCCCUUCUCAACCACCUGCAGGUGCUCAGGGCCGCUUCUAGUGUCACCGUUCACCUAUUUGAUAUAACUUGGAGACUGAAAGAUAUAUGCCGAUCACCAGCAAUGCCUAAUUUUGACUCUCACUACAUAGACCAAAUAUUUGAUAAGGUUAUACCGUGUACUAUAAUCACUCCUCUAGACUGCUUCUGGGAAGGAUCAAAACUUCUUGGUCCAGAACCUGAAAAUCCUGUCAAUAUACCUAAUAUAGGACCAAAUACUCGCUGGACGAAUUUGAAUCCACAAAAAAUGGUGCAGAUGAUGAAGGCUUCAUCGAGGGAAGAUUUAAAUUACAACUCACAAUUCCCAUACGAAUCGCUGGAACAACUCAUGAAAAGGGCGGGUAUCAGUACAGGUUACCAGGAAAAACCCUGUCUCAACCCAUACGACAGCGAAUGUCCUGAAACUGCUCCCAACAAACGCUCUGGAAUGAUACCAGAUGUUGGAGCAGAAUUAACCGGUGGUUGUUACGGAUUUGCUGCGAAUUACAUGCACUGGCCUGAGGAUCUUAUUCUCGGAGGUGUCAAAAGGAAUAAAACGGGACAUGUGCAAAGGGCCCAUGCUUUGCAAAGUGUGGUUCAACUGAUAGGAGACAGGGAGCUUUACGAAUACUGGUCGAACACCUACAAGGUGCACCAUGUUGGCUGGAACCAAGAAAAAGCGGCGCUUGUACUGGACACAUGGCAAAGGAAAUUCUCAAAGGAGGUGAAAAGGCUACUGGCUAGUGGUAAUCUGACGUCGACCUCAUCCUACGAGAUGUUCGCCUUCUCAACAGCUUUACUCAACGACAUCCUCAGCAAGUUUUCUGAGAUCAGCAUCUCAAAAAUCGCUAUUGGAUAUGCUAUUGUGUUGUUAUACGCUGUGCUUUCACUGCUGCGGUGGGGAGACCCGGUGAAGUCUCAAGCCGCCAUUGGGUUUGCUGGAGAUUUGGUUUCAGUCAGUGUGGCAGCUGGCCUGGGGUUCUGUGCAGUCCUCGGCAUUCCUUUCAAUGCUUCAACCACCCAGAUUGUUCCUUUCCUUGCAUUGGGAUUGGGUGUGAUCGAUAUGUUCCUAUUAACUCAUAUUUAUGCUGAACAAUCACCUAGUGAAUCUCAGCCUGAUGAACAAACAGGUUUGCUGUUGAAAAAGACUGGCCUGAGCAUUCUACUUACCUCUCUAAGCAAUAUGGUUGCAUUCUUUGCAGCGGCAAUUAUCCCCAUUCCAGCGCUCAGAGUUUUCUCGUUACAAGCCGGAAUACUUGUACUAUUCAAGCUAGCCACCAUGCUGCUCGUCUUUCCUGCCAUUCUCAGUCUUGACAUGAGGCGAAGAAGGUCAGGCCGAGUAGAUGUUCUCUGCUGCUGCCUGCCGGGUCCGGGUGGCUUCAGCCAGUGGCCGUGCCUCGAGGGCAGCAGUCCACAGAAACGAAAAUGUCCGCCGGUUGUGUCGGAAAAGCAGCAGGCGAUCACUCGCGCCCUGCCGCCGGACCGGCAGCAAACGGUGACCGUGUUGGCGCCUCCCAAAACGAAGCCAAUGCCGGCCGACACCGAGGCUGGGUUCCAGCCGGAAGACGACAACGAGCUGGAGAACGAGGAUGACGCACUACUUGGUGUUGGGUUCUCGUGGUCCCACCUUGCCGCCUGGUACGCGGAUAUAGUCAGCCGUCGGCCGGUGAAGGUCAUGGCAGUGCUGCUGCUGAUCGGUGUCCUAUGUGCGAGUGUGUGGGGCGUGACCAAAGUGGCCGACGGUUUGGACCUGACGGACAUCGUGCCUCAGGGCACCGACGAACAUGCGUUCCUCUCGGCACAGAGCCGCUACUUCGGCUUCUACAACAUGUACGCUGUCACUCAGGACGACUUCGAGUACCCCAACAACCAGCGCCUGCUGUACGAAUACCACGAGUCCUUCAUGAGGGUUCCCAACAUCAUCAAGAAUGACGACGGUGGAUUGCCUGAGUUCUGGCUCGGAUUGUUCCGCGACUGGCUAAUAGGUCUGCAGAAAGCGUUCGACCGCGACUACAGUCGAGGCUGCAUCACGCGCGAGCGCUGGCACUCAAACGCGAGCUUGGAUGGCAUCCUCGCCUACAAGCUGCUCGUGCAAACGGGUCACGUGGACAACCCGAUCGACCGAUCACUCAUCAACCAGGUGCGACUGGUCGACUCGGAGGGCAUCAUCAACCCCAAGGCCUUCUACAACUACCUUUCAGCCUGGGUGUCAAACGACGCCCUCGCCUACAGUGCGUCACAGGCCAAUCUGCGCCCGGAACCCAAGCAAUGGAUCCACGAGUUCUCAGACUACGAACUGAAAAUCCCCAAGUCCUCACCCCUAGUCUACACCCAGCUACCGUUCUACCUGCACGGCCUCGGCGACACCAACAAAAUCACGAAGAUGAUCGCGCAGGUUCGCGAACUGUGUGCCAAGUUCGAGUCACGUGGUCUCCCCAACUUCCCGUCAGGUAUCCCGUUCCUGUUCUGGGAGCAGUACCUCACAUUGAGACAGUCGCUAGCUUUGGCUGUGUUGUGUGCGUUGGCAGCCGUGUUUGUGGUGGUGUCCGUGCUGUUGGUGAACCUGGUGGCUGCCACAAUGGUGACCGCUUCGCUCGCCGUCAUGGUGCUCCAGCUGCUCGCCCUCAUGGGCGUCCUAGGCAUCAAACUUAGUGCAAUACCAGCCGUACUUCUAAUUUUAGCCGUUGGCAUAGGAGUACACUUCACUCUUCAUCUCUGUCUGAGUUUCCUGACUGGAAUUGGAGGCAGAGAGAGGAGAAUGAGGAUGGCUGUUGAACAUAUGUUUAGUCCCAUCAUCCAUGGAGCUUUCACUACGCUUAUAGCUGUAACCAUGCUAGGAUUUUCAGAAUUCGACUUUGUUGUUAGGUACUUUUUCUACAUCCUCAUCGCUCUUAUUGGCAUUGGACUGCUGAAUGGACUUGUGUUCUUCCCUGUGAUAUUAUCUCUCAUAGGUCCACUGCCAGAGGUGAUCCCGCUGACGUAUCCGGACCGCAUAUCGACGCCGACACCGGAGCCGGUGCGCAAGAUACGGCAGCCAUCUUGUCGCGUGGCGGCGCCUCCGCGACGUCACCACGGCGCCAUCAGCCACCAGUGCCACCGCGAGCCCUCGCUCACCACCAUCACAGAGGAGUCCAACUCCUGGCACUCGGCCACGCACGAGAUCCUCGUCGAGCCGCAGUUCGUCGUCGAAACCACUACCACCACGCAUCCCUACCAUGCAAACACACAUGGCAGCAGCAAUGGCGGCAGUAGCUCAGGUGGACAGAGGUCUGCGCCACAGAAGUCACAGUCGCACGUCACCACCAAGGUCACUGCCACUGCCAAAGUCAAGGUCGAAGUCCACACUCCAGUUCAUGGUGGAGUCGACAGUAGUACGUACAAAUCUCGACAAAGUCGUAGACGAGAUUCUGGUAGCUCUGGUAGCUCAAGUUCAGAUAGCUCCGAUGGAGCGGGGAGACAUUCAUAGCAUUCAGUAAUGCAGUACAUUCACUGAAUGAAGACUGCGCUUCACUAUAAUACCACACGUACCUGUUACCUGUUCCACCUGUGCCUCAAUUCAAGACAUGACUGAAGAUUCACAAGUCAAAAAGUGAAAGAAUCGUUUGAGUUUUGAAUUGAAAAUUAACAAUAGGACUAUCCGAAGAUAGCAUUUGUGUUCUAACCGUUGAAGGUUUGCGUUUAGGACUGUUAAUAGUAAUUUAUACUCGACUAAUAUAUUUUUAAAUUAUUUAUGAACCAUGUAACUUAUCAAAGAAACGACAAGUUUUCAAUUUCCUUUUAAUGGAUAUAUAUUUUUAUUGUUAUUAUUUUGUACAGAAAAUAUUUCGCGUUAUGUAAUUAUUUAUAUAAAAAUAAUUGUGAAAAUGUAAGUAUUGUAUUGUCAAGUAUAAUAAUUAUUUAAAUUUGUACAGUAGUAGACAUUGAAUGUAACAAUAAUAUUAAUUUUUUGAAUGCUCCAAGUGAGCAUCUUCCUCAUUGAUUGAAAAUAUCAAAUUUUAAUAAAAGAUUUUUUCAAGUA